CGGGAGGAGCCGGGCAAAGCGAGAAGGGAUGGCCGGGUGCGGCGGUUUCGGGGACGGAACGAGACCCACGUUGACUGUAGUACGUCCGCUGGGCGACCAGCCGCAGGCGGACACCUGUGCGCCGGGCCGAGUGUAACCGGGCAGAGCCCCCCGCCCGACCCUGUGAAGGUCAGGCCGCCCUUGGCAGCCGCGCGCCGGGCUCCGCGACCCCCCCUCCCCCGUUCGCGGUGGCAGCCGAGGACUUUUUAGAAACCAAAGUGUGACAUGUAGAAAGGGGUGCAGGUCACAACUGUGCGCGGGCGCGGUGCCUGGGAGCCGCAGCUACUCGGGAAGGACCCAGUGACGUGCCGGGCACCCAGGAGGUUCCUUGAGCUUAGUGGAGCUGGUUUUGUGCGGUGGAAGUUGACAAUUCAGCAGUUUGUGAAGCGCGCUGCGCUAAUGCGCGUCUACUCUGCAGACGCUGUGGGUUGGGGCUACCCUUAGGUCUGGUGUCGAGGUCGGGCGCGCGCCCACCCAAGCUUGUAGUCCUUGGGCUGAUAGUUAGACUCGAGCGGCAGACAGCUCAUUCUGGGUGGGGGCGGUCACGGGUGAUUUUUGUGAAGCCGUUUUUCCGAGAAGACUGGGUGUUGAGCUGGUGCGCCAGGUUCUGCGUCAGCAGGGCAUGGCUGGUCAUCUUGGACAUUCACGGCAUUUAGUUUUCUGAGGAAACCACAAUGACCACAAUCAACUCCCCCUCCCGAUGGGAAAGACUCCUGCCAAGGGGUUGGACUUGAAGAUCAGCCCCUGGCUCCUGAGACCUCUGGGCACUGCCUACCUCACUGGGAGCUUUCUGCCUCCCUUUCAGUAGAAAUCCCCCUGCCUGCGGGAGCUGAGAUUGGGGCUGAGGGUGGCUGGAGCUUUGGGGGAGGGCUGGCCUCGGGAAUGCUGGCGCCAGCACAGAGCUGGCCACGAGCCUCUGAUGCUGACUCUCUGGGACUGCCCUUUCUCUAGCCAUAAUAAUCAAAAUCCCUGCUCUCAGCCUCCUCUCGUGGAUCAGUGCACCCCAGCUCAAGGCUUUGGGGUGUCCUGCUCCAGCAGAUCAAAACCAGAAAACCCAGUCCCUGUCUCUGAGCUUGGGUUCCAGUUGGAGCCAACUUCCUUCCCAGGUCCUCAGAGGACUGCAUGUCUCGGGCUACAAUUCCAAGCCUAGGGUGCCCAAAACUCCAGAGGUUUAGGUGUUUGCAGAAGGGGUAGGUGUGCUGUCCAGUGCAGAAGCAGGAACACUGCCUGGGCCCCUGGCCUUGUCUGCCAACAUCCUCCUUGGACUCCCUUGAUGGCACCUCUCCCAAAGUCUGAACCUAGCGAAGGACAGCUGAGGGACCCUUGGAGCUGCCGGAGAGGAGGUAGGGCCUGGAGCAUAAACCAAGCUCCCUUGUCUUAUAGCUGCUACCCCAUUUAUCAAUACACUUCACACAUCAGCUGACUCCUGCUGAAACCCGGGAGUCUGCUGGCUUUCUUGCUAACUCCAUGGUUUGUGACCCUUUAGGAGCUGUUGGAACACAGCACAGGGCGGAGCAAGCAGGUGGAUUCUGACCCCUGCUAGGAAGGGACACUGGCCACUCACAUUGAUGUGCUGGUGCUUCUGGGUAUUUCUAAGCAAUCAAAUUAGAGAUUUUGAAAUCCUUCUUCCUGUGUAGGAGGCAGGACCAGUGCCUCAAUCUUUAUCACCCAGGGACCAUAAAGGUGAACCAUGAACUUUCCCACUGGCGUCAUGGGGUAGAGCAGGUGCAGCCACACCUGGGCUCUCUGGCAAGAUGGGGAAGUGGAAGGCAGCCUUGGGGGCAGAACCUCUGACUUUGCCCAAGAUCCAGGACCAAUCUCACUCCAGCAUCCCCAACUGUCUUGUCCUGGUGACUUGAGGUUCGCCAGCUGUAGGUGUGAGUAGUUUGGGGCUGGCCACAUACCAAUUGCAGGCGUGAGCUCAGCUUGCUUCAGCAGAUCCUUAGAAGUCUGCUGGAUUUACCAUCUUUUCCAUAAAGGUGCCCACAGGCAUGUCUACCUGGGUGAUGCUUGCUGAUUUUUUUAAAUAAAAGCAUUAAUUCAGCUUAACUAAUCUGAUUAAAUAGCCUUGCCAGUGUCACGAUAUGGACUUGAUCCAAUUCUGUGUGCACCCUGUGGUUUCAUCACAGCAGUGCGGUGGAGUUUGCAGUUUUGCUUAGUGUGGCACCUGCAUCUCUUGAAGAUGCUAAAAUGCCAUCAUCAAUGCCCAUUAAUAAUGUAUUCACUUGUGCAAUUGUAGCAACCUUACAUAGACCUUUUUUUUCCUAUUUGCUGGCUGCUUGAUAUUUGGUUGUAUGGCAGGAACCAACACAGUUGUUGGUCUACAUGAGGGUCUUGCUGGAUGUCUGGUUGUGGGGUAGGAACCAGGAUAGUCGUUUGUCUAUGUGGGGGUCUUGAGCAAUACCUGCUACUGGUUCCAUGCUGAGCAUCUACUUGGAUUCCUGUUGACCUGAUGUUUUGGAGAAUGGAGAAGACACAGUCACUGGCCCUGGGAUGGGUAUAGAUAUGGCUAAGGGUGAGGAAAUGGGCCCCUCAUUUCCUGUGGGUCCAUCUCUGUUUUACUUCCUUCUCAUUAGAUGGAGCCAGAUGGACAUCAUGGGAAGCUCUUGCCUCCAGUGUAGGUGGGGUCAACAGCCUCCAGACUCAGGUCCUUCUGCCCUGGUACCGUGGUUGGACACUAUCACCUUGAGGGUUCCCUCUGCUCUGCCUGAGUUGGGGUGGGAGGCAGGCUUCCCUGUUCCCCCCUGUGCAGAAGAGUACAGUGCUUCAGAGAUUGGUGCUGGGCCUCUGCCCUCCCAACCCUCAGGGCCCUGAGAUGGAAGCAAAGAUGUGGACUGGGCAGUUUAUUGGGGAAAGAGAAUUGAGCAUUGUGCCUGGACCCAGGGCAGGUGUCAGUGUCUUGAUGCCAGAGACUGGAGACUGCACUGGGACAGCACUGACGGUGGCCAGGUGUGUCUGCCUUGCACCACUUGGUACAGUUUCCACACAGCUCUGUGACUGCCCAUCUCUCCAUAGGUGUCAGAGGAGCUUGUGUGAGUUUUAGUUUGCUCUGCGUGUGUCACCCAGGGCCUUGUGGGGGUGGGCAGUGGGCCAGAGGUUUCACCCUUGAUGCUUCCUUCUGACGUAGUCUGCAGAGUGACUCUGUGGCCUCAGCCUGCAGCCAGCCAUCAUAGCAAAAGCGAGGUUCAGGGGCCCCAUGCCUGAGUCACCCGGCAGUAAAUGGGAACUGUGUGGUGCCCUCUCUCCUCUGCAGAGUGUUCAUAACCUGCUGGGGCCAGGGCUCUGGAGUUAGCACUGCUCAUUUCACAUAAAAAUCCUAAGAAUGUGGGCAAACCUGUCUGAGAUCUGAUCAGAACCAAAUUUCAAGUAAUAAGACACUUAUCUGAAGUCGUUGGCUCAGUUCCAGGUCUGCUGGUGCCCAUGACGUCACCGUCAGCGAGGAGCUGGCAUUUACAUUAAAGUUCUGGGCUGCUGAACCCUGUUUUGGUUGCUUUGAUUUCUCAGGGCCUGCCUGAUGAGAGCAGCACCUUCACUAUCUUCCUGUUGAGCCCUGGGGGUGUGCGCACAGCCCCGGGGGUGUGCGGCCUGGUUACCCUCGGUCCUUUCACCCCCAGGUUGUUCCCUUGCUCUUUAGUGACAACUGAACUUGCUUUUAGAAAUGAUGGGCCAUGCAGGUACCCCAGGCUGCCCAGUGAAUGAAAGGAGAGUGGACUGUCACCUUGGAGGAAGUGCAGCGAGGCUGCCCAGUGCAGCAGAGCCUGUGCGGCAGAGGCGGAGCUCGUCCCAUUGUCAACACUCCUAGCUGGCUGAGAGCUGUCCUCUGGAGCAUGUUGUCAGAGCGGGCUGACCCAUGAGGCUCACAGGAAGGAAGUGGAGCAGGUAUAUCUGCGCUGCGCAGCCGGCUCCGUGGAGUGGAUGUACCCAACUGGGGCACUGAUUGUCAACCUGCGGCCCAACACCUUUUCGCCCUCCCGAGGGCUGACUGUGUGCAUCAAGCCCUUCAGUGGCUCCUCUGGGGCCAACAUCUAUCUGGAGAGAACUGGAGAACUGAGGCUGCUGGUGCAGGAUGGGAGCAGCCAUGCCGGACAGGUGCAAUGCUUCAGCCUGGAGCAGGGUGGCCUGUUUGUGGAGGCCACACCCCAGCAGGACAUCAGCAGGAGGACCACGGGUUUCCUGUAUGAGCUGACAAGCGGGCGCAGGGGGCUGGGCCACACACUCUCUGCCCCGUGCCGCCCAUGCAGUGACACCGAAGUGCUCCUGGCUGUCUGCACUAGUGACUUUGUCGUCCGAGGCUCCAUCCAGGACGUCACCCACGUGCCAGAGCGGCAGGAGUCAGUCAUCCAUCUGCGGGUGAGCAGGCUCUAUCGGCAGAAGAGCAGGGUCUUCCAGCCAGCGCCUGAGGGCCAUGGCCACUGGCAGGGCCGCAUCCUGACGCUGCUGGAGUGUGGUGUGCGGCCAGGGCUUGGGGACUUCCUCUUUACUGGCCACAUGCACUUCGGGGAGGCCCAGCUGGGCUGUGCCCCACGCUUCAGUGACUUCCGAAGGACGUAUAGGGAUGCAGAAGAGAGGGGCCUGAACCCCUGUGAAAUUGGCAUGGAGUGACUGUGGGUGCUGCUACCUGUCCUGUGUCCUGCCACUGGGGCUGUGUGUGCUCCAGCCUUGGGGUCGGCCAUGCUGUGGAGUGCAGGCCCGGGGCACAGGUCCCAGCCAAGGACACCCUGACCUGGAAAUGCUGUAAAAUGCAAACUAAGUUAUUAUAUAUAUAUUUUUUAAAAGAAAUGUUCAUGAGAAACAAACUCCCAUGUUUAGAGGUG